ACUUGGCAACCCGUGCAACCCGCGGUUGCUGUAGCUUUCGCUUGAGCACGGUCGCCGCGGCUUGAGGACGCCUCGCCGAAAUGGCCGUGCCCAGCAUGAGCGGUAUGUCGGAGAAGCUGACGCCCCGAAGUUCAGCUCAGACCUUGCAAGGUUACCAGGACAAUCACCAGAUUGAGCUUUUCAUGCAGGAGAUGCUUAGCGUCCUUUGCACGCUUCAGCCUGAAGACCCAUACGAGUUCAUGACGAACCAUGUAGCGUCACACCGACCGGCACCCCCGCCUUCCGUGAACGAGCUUUGCGGCAGCGGGGCGCUGUGGGUGUUGCUCCCUGGAGGGGACCUGCAGUGUGCGGAGCACUGGCGCCUGCGCCGUUGCUGGCUCACUACUACGGGCACCUUCUGCAUCAGCACGUCCCCUGCCACCGUGGCACAGGAGGGGGACAAGCUGAAGAUGAAGGCACCGGAGAACAAGGCCCCGGCGACGCACCCCAUUGCGCUGGGCAGCUCCUUCCGGGAGCUGGACGAAGAUGAGGCGGCCCGACCUUUCGCCUUCAAGGUGGCCUGCGGCAAAGACCUCUUCCUUGCCGCCGGGUCUGAGGAGCAGCGGGAUGAGUGGUUCAACCUCGUGGGCCAUUUCGCGGAUGCGGACCGGCGGAAGGGCCGGAUCCCUCCCAGCGACAAGAUCUUGACCCCGCGGGCGGACGCGGGCGGCACGCAUGUGGUGGACGCCAUCGAGCCAACGGACAUCCAGUUUGCAGAUGCCAAAGGCCCGAAGCCUGCCAUCAAGCCCCCCAGCCAGCCAGCCAAGCAUGUUUUAGAGGAGGGGCCGAGAGAGGCUGCCCGGAAGGCGCCGUUGCCUGCCCGGGACAAGCUCCUUACCCCGCGGGCGGAACUGCAUGGCGGCAAGCAUGUCAUAGAGGAGGUAGGGCCAGCGGAACUUGCUGCAGACCGGAGAAGGGUGCGGUUUGUGACCAGGGACAAGAGCCAGCAGGUGGACAAGACCCCGCAGGUGGACGCGAGCCCAAAGGUGGAAGUGCGUCCACAGGUGGAAGAGCGUCCAAAGGUGGAAGAGGGUCCAAAGGUGGAAGAGGGUCCAAAGGUGGAAGAGGGUCCAAAGGUGGAAGAGCAACCGCAGGCGGACACACGCCAGAAGGUGGAAGAGCGUCCAAGUGCGCGGGCGGAAGAGCGUCCGCAGGCGGACGCGAGCCCGAAGGUGGAAGAGCAGGUGGAGAAGGUCCAGGCGCAGGCGGUGGAAGAGGCGAAGUCCCCUUCGGCUGAGACAGAUGCGGCGGAGAGGGAGAAGGAGCUGGAGCGGGCAAAGGCGGCAAGGAAAGAGGCCGCGGUCCAACUCGAGAAGGCCAAGGCCCAGCAGCAGACAGCCGAGCCAGCCGCGGAGGCCCGGGCGCCGGCCCCAUCAGCCGCGGAAGGAACCCCCCCGGCAGGAGAGCAGGAGGAGCAGCGGAGAUUGGAGGAGCUGCGGCAGCAGGCGCAGAAGGAGGCACAUCAGGAGGGGGAGAAGUGGCGAGAGGAGCAGCUGAGGCAGAUCGAGGAGCUGCGACAGGAGGCCCAGAAGCAGCUGGACGAGGCGAAGGCCGCAGGGGCGGAGGAGAUGAGAAAGGCCAAGGAGCUGCGGGAGCAGGCGGAGAGGGAGUUGGAGCAGGCGCAGCAGCACCGGAAGUCUGCGGAGACGGCGGACGAGGCGCAGCCUCCGGCCGAACAGCCAGAGUUGGAGGAGCAGCUGGAGGAUCUGAGGGACAAGGCGCAGAAGGAGCGGGAGGAGGCGGAAGAGGCGCAGAGGAAGUUGGCCGAGGCCGUGCUCAGGUUCGAGAAGGCCGAGGAUUGCUACCACCCGGGGCCUUUGUCCACGGCCCGGUCCUCCGCCAAUGCCUCCGAAGCGGUGGGGGAGAUCGCGGCGGAGAUGAUGGACGCCAUGAUGCUGGACCCGAUCAUCUCGAUCUUGCAUGAGCCACUGGACCCGGCUACGCUGCUGUUUGGUGAGACUCCCGCCACCACCCCGAUGGCCACCCACGUCGACACGGAGUCGGAGGGAGCCUCCGCCUUUGAAGCCGCGGAGCGGCGGAUCGAGGAGCUGCAGGCGCAGGCCCAGAAGGAGCUGGCGGAGGCCGAGGCGGCGCAGAGGAGGGCGGACGACUUCGCGCGCCAGGCGGGGGAGCAGUGGCGCGCGGAGGAGUUGCGAAAAUUGGAAGAGCUGCGGCAGCAGGCACAGAAGGAGCUGCAGGAAGCCUCCGAGGCGCAGCAGAGGGCGUCCCAGGAGGUGCAGAAGGAGGGGGAGAAGUGGCGGGAGGAGCAGCUGAGGCAGAUUGAGGAGCUGCGACAGGAGGCCCAGAAGCAGCUGGACGAGGCGAAGGCGGCGGGGGAUUUGACGGCGGAGGAGAUGAGAAAGGCCAAGGAGUUGCGGGAGCAGGCAGAGAAAGAGCUGGAGCAGGCACUGGAGCAGAAGCGAAAGAAUGCGGAGGCGGCCCAGCAGGCAUUGGACGAGGCUCUUUUGGAGGAGUUAAAGAAGAAGGCGCGGUCCGAGCUGGCGGAGGAGGUGGAUUUGGAGCGGGCGGAGAGGGAGAAGGAGCUGGAGGAGCUGCGGGCGAAGGCACAGAAAGAGCUGGCGGAAGCAGAGGAGGCGCAGAGGAAGGCGCAAGAGGCCGCACUGAAGUCGGGCGAGGAUUGGAAGGCCGAGGAGCUGAAGAAGCUCGAAGAGUUGCAGGCCACCGCCCGGAAGGAGCUUGCGGAGGCAGAGGAGGCCCAGAAAAAGGCCGCCGAGGCGGCGCGCAAGGCUGGGGAGGAGUGGCGAGCCGAGCAGCUCCGGAAGAUCGAGGACUUGCGGCGCCAGGCGCAGCAGGAGCUGGCGGACGCGGAGGCGGCCGAGGGCCGCGCCACGGAGGCGGCGGCUUUGGCGGGCGCGGAGUGGCGCUCCGAGACUUUGCAGCGCUUGGGGCUGCAGCUCCAGGAGACUCAGAAGGAGUUGCAGGAGGCCAAGCAGAUCUUGGGCAAGGACAAGGAGCCCCAGGAGGAGGAGGAGGAGCGGCUCCAGGCCUUGAAGGAGCUGGACAUGGCGCGCCAGGUGCGGUCCAAGGCGGAGGCCUGCAGAAGCCAAGCGCAGCAGGAGCUGGAGGCGGCGAAGAUGGAGAAGACCUUGGAGCAGCGCCGGGAGGAGGAGAGCCGCAAGGCCAGCGAGCUGCGCUUCCAGGCCGAGAAGAUCAAGGCGGAGGCAGAGGCCGCUCACCGCCACGCGGAGGAGCUGCGACAACAGGCGCAGGAGGAGCUGCAGCGGGCGGAGGCCGCGCGGAAGGAGGCGGAGAGUCGGCCCUCCACGCAGCCCCCGCCUCUGCCGCUGGAGCAGAGCCGCAGCACCCUCAUCGCCGCCCCCGUGCCCGACACCUCCAGGAGCAUGGGCCGCUUCUCGGCCACCCAGAGCGAAGUCUUCCGUGACGCCUUGGACGAGGCCGCCGCAAGUCUGGUGGCCGACAUCUUCGUCAAUGCCGCAGAGGUGCAGGAGGCCAAGGCACGGGAGUCCCAGGCGAAGGCCGAGGCGAAGGCCGAGGCAGAUGCCAAAGCAGCUGCAGAUGCCAAGGCUGCAGCUGACGCUAAGGAAGCAGCAGAUGUUGCUGCCAAAGCAGCCGCAGAUGCAAAGGCUGCAGCAGAUGCGCAAGCAGCAGCUGAUGCUGCUGCCAAAGCAGCUGCAGAUGCAAAGGCUGCGGCAGAUGCGCAAGCAGCAGCUGAUGCUGCUGCCAAAGCAGCCGCAGAUGCAAAGGCUGCAGCAGACGCUCAAGCAGCAGCUGAUGCUGCUGCCAAAGCAGCAGCAGAUGCAAAGGCUGCAGCAGAUGCGCAAGCAGCAGCGGAUGCUGCCGCCAAAGAAGCUGCAGAAGCAAAGGCUGCAGCAGAUGCGCAAGCAGCAGCUGAAGACAAGAUGCUUGCGGAUGCCCUGGCGGCAGACGCGAAAGCAACCAAGAUGGCGGCUGACGCGAAGUCAGCAGCAGAUGCAGCUGCCAAAGCAGCUGCAGAUGCCAAGGCGGCAGCAGACGCAAGAGCAGCAGCUGCUGAUGACAAGACGGCAGCAGACGCCCUAGCGGUAGACGCCAACGCAACGAAGCUGGCGGCUGAUGCUAAGGCAGCAGCGGAUGCUGCUGCCAAAGCCGCCGCAGAUGCCAAGGCAGCAGCGGAUGCAAGGGCAGCAGCUGAUGAUAUGACGGCAGCAGACGCCCUAGCGGCAAACGCCAACGCAACGAAGCUGGCGGCUGAUGCUAAGGCAGCAGCGGAUGCUGCUGCCAAAGCCGCCGCAGAUGCAAAGGCAGCAGCAGAUGCCAAGGCAGCAGCAGAUGACCAGGCGGCAGCAGACGCCCUGGCGGCAGACGCCAAAGCAGCCAAGAUGGCGGCAGAUGCUAAGGCAGCAGCGGAGGCUGCUGCCAAAGCCGCCGCAGAUGCAAAGGCAGCAGCUGAUGCUGCUGCCAAAGCAGCUGCAGAUGCAAAGGCUGCAGCAGAAGCCAAGGCAGAAUCAGAUGACCGGACGGCAGCGGACGCCCUGGCGGCUCACGCUAAAGCAGCCAAGAUAGCUGCAGAUGCCCAAGCAGCAGCCGAUGAGAAGACGAGCGCCGACGCUUUGGCGGCUGCCGCCGAAGCAACCAAGAUGGCGGCUGAUGCGAAGGCAGCAGCGGACGGGGCUGCCAAAGCAGCUGCAGAUGCAAAGGCAGCGGCUGAGGCCAGGGAAGCUGCUGGUGUUGCUGUCAAAGCAGCUGUUGCUGCUGCCAAAGCAGCCGCAGAUGCCCAGAUGGCCGCUGAUGCGAAGGCAGCAGCGGAUGCUGCAGCAGAUGCUGCUGCCAGAGCAGCUGCAGAUGCUAAAGCCGAAGCCGACGCCAAAGCAGCUGCAGAUGCCAAGGCAGCCGCAGAGGCUAAGGCAGCAGCAGAUGCCAAGGCAGCAGCAGAUGCCAAGGCAGCAGCGGACGCCAAAGCAGCUGCAGAUGCCAAGGCGGUCGCAGAUGAAAACGCAGCUGCAGAUGCCAAGGCAGCAGCAGAUGCCAAGGCAGCAGCAGAUGCCAAGGCUGCAGCAGAUGCCAAGGCAGCAGCUGAUGCCAAAGCAGCUGCAGAUGCCAAGGCGGUCGCAGAUGCUCAGGCAGCAGAUGCCAAAGCAGCUGCAGAUGCAAAAGUGGCAGAAGACAGAGAGGCUGAUGAGGAGGCCGUGACAGUGGUGAGUGCAGUGCAAGCAACCCAUGUGUCAGAAGCUGUCGCACACGAAAUGUCGGCGGUGGUGCUCCAUCGAGUGAUCAGUGACAGCGCGGCGGCCGAGAGGGAGAGAUUGCUGAACGAGCAGCGGAGGGCAGCAGAGGCGGAGGAGGCUACCACGAUUGUGGCUGAAGCUGAUGAGCAGAUCCGGGCAGCGGAGGAGAACAUGAAGGCGGCGGCCCGUACGGCCAGCCACGCCGCUGCCGUUGCCCAGGCCAAAGCAAAGGCUGCUUCGGAUGCAGUGAGGGACCUGAGCAACAAUGGCUCGCUGGCGGAAGCAUUUACUCCACCGGUAUCGACCAGAUCCGACGCCCUCCAAGCGGUUACAGCGGAUGUGCUCAGCAGACUGAUGGCCGUUCCUGGCGCAGAUGCGGCAGAUGCGAUUGAUGUGCUGGCAGUGGAGGAGGCCGAUUCCUUGACAGAGCUGACCUCCCUCGAAUUCAGGGGCCUGGAGUACCAGACCUUGGACCACCGGGCGGCGGUGGGUGACCUGCUGCGCCAGCUGAAGACCCUGGGCCUGGCCACCUCUCUGGCGGACCGGCUCCGGGUGCAGCUGGCGCCCGGAGAUCCGGGCCCACGCCUCUUGGCGGAGAUCUCCGGGCCGGCCACUGCCAAGCAGCCCCUGGAGGCGCUGCCCCUGCACCUCUUGGAGCUCCAGGGUGUGCGCGCAGGCGCAGAGGAGUCCAGCGGUCCGCCGGUGGGGGUCUUCGAGCGUGUCGUGCGGCCCUUCAGCGUGGGGCAGAUGGAGUUGUCGGCUCGGUCCUCCGUGGCGGAGAACCACGCGGCCAACGCUUUGCUGGAGGAGUGGUUUGACGCCGCAAAGAUCCCGCGUGCCAUGUCAGAGAUCUCCUUGAUGUCGGGGAGGACCAGUGUGAAUGAGAUGCAGAUCGCCUCGAAUCUGUUUGGCAUGAUGGUGGAUCAAUCAGAGCAUGCAGCUGAGCAGGCCCAGGUCACUGUGCCAGCAGAAGAUGGACGAGAUCACUCAGCCGCAGAAGCCAUCCGUGCACAAGCCGAAGCAGAGGCAGCUGCUCAAGCUGAUGCAAAGCUGCAGGAGCAUGCGGCCAGACAUGAGGCCGAUCACUCAGCUAAGCAACCCACCCAGCAGCAAGACGUUGUAACCCCAGCCCAGCAAGCGCCCCAGCAACCAGGCGCGCAAGCAAAUUUGCUGCCAAGUGUCCCACCAAUUAAGCAAGCAGUUCCGCAAGCGGGUGCUGCGGAAGCUGCAGUACCAAAGCCCAGCACACCAGCCUCAGUGGGUGGCGCGAGCAACUCAAUUGCUUUUGAUGGAAUUGCAGCUGAUAUCGCCAAUCAGGCUUUGGAGAGCGCAGCGCAUGCAAGCCUUCGGCCAGAGACUGCAUCACAGCCUGCUAGUGCACCGCAGUCACAUCGCGUGGCUGGUGCGGCUUCUGGAGCAGCCCAUAAGGUAGUGAAGGAGGCCCUGGAAGCUGCACUACGAGAGCCCGGCACUCCAGCCUCAGUGGGUUGCGCGAGCAACUCAUCGGCUUUUGAUGGAGUCGCAGCUGAUAUCGCCAAUCGUGCUUUGGAGAGCGCAGCGCAAGCCAGCCUUCGGCCAGACCCUGCAUCACAGCCUGCUAGUGAGCCGCAGUCACCACGCGUGGCCGGCGUGGCUUCUGGAGCAGCCCAUAAGGUAGUGAAAGAGGCUUUGGCGCAAGACGCGACAGCAGAUGCAUCGCAGCAAGAAUCCAUCAGUCCAGUGAGCAACUCCCGAGUGGAACAGCCCCAGGUCACUGUGCCAGCAGAAGAUGGACGAGAUCACUCAGCCGCAGAAGCCAUCCGUGCACAAGCCGAAGCAGAGGCAACUGCUCAAGCUGAUGCAAAGCCGCAGGAGCAUGCGGCCAGACAAGAGGCAGAUCACUCAGCUAAGCAACCCACCCAACAGCAAGACGUUGCAACCCCAGCCCAGCAAGCGCCCCAGCAACCAGGCGCGCAAGCAACUGUGCAGCCAAGUGUCCAACCAACUCAGCAAGCAGUUCCGACAGCAGGUGCUGAAGAAGCUGGACUACGAGAGCCCGGCACGCCAGGCUCAGUGGGUUGUGCAAGCAACUCAGUUGCAUUGGAUGGAAUUGCAGCUGAUAUUGCCAAUCGGGAGUUGGAGAGAGCAGCGCAAGCCAGCCUUCGGCCAGACCGUGCAUCACAGCCUGCUAGUGAGCCGCAGUCACAUGGCGUGGCCGGUGUGGCAGCAGCCACAGAAGCCACCCCUGCACAAGCUGAAGCAGAUGCAACUGCUCAAGCUGCUGCAAAGCAGCAGGAGCAUGCGGCCAAACAAGAGGCAGAUCACUCAGCUGAGCAACCCACACAGCAGCAAGACGUUGCAACCUCAGCCCAGCAAGCGCCCCAGCAACCAGGCGCGCAAGCAACUGUGCAGCCAAGUGUCCCACCAAUUAAGCAAGCAGUUCCGCAAACGGGUGCUGAGCAAGCUGCACUACGAGAGCCCGGCACGCCAGGCUCAGUGGGUUGUGCGAGCAACUCAGUUGCUUUGGAUGGAAUUGCAGCUGAUAUUGCCAAUCGGGAAGUGGAGAGAGCAGCGCAAGCCAGCCUUCGGCCAGACCCUGCAUCACAGCCUGCUAGUGAACCGCAGUCACAUGGCGUGGCCGGUGUGGCAGCAGCCACAGAAGCCACCCGUGCACAAGCUGAAGCGGAUGCACCCCAGCAACCAGGCGCGCAAGCAACUGUGCAGCCAAGUGUCCUACCAAUUCAGCAAGCAGUUCCGCAAACGGGUGCUGAGCAAGCUGCACUACGAGAGCCCGGCACGCCAGCCUCAGUGGGUUGCACAAGCAACUCAGUUGCUUGUGAUGGAAUUGCAGCUGAUAUCGCCACUCGUGCUUUGCAGAGCGCAGCGCAAGCCAGCCUUCGGCCAGACCCUGCAUCACAGACUGAAAGUGAAGCGCAGUCGCAUGGUGUGGCGGGCGCAGCAUCAGCUGAAGCGAAUGCACCUCAGCAACCAGGUGGCCAAGCAACUGUGCAGCCAAGUGUCCCACCAAUUAAGCAAGCAGGUCCGACAGCAGGUGCUGAGGAAUCUGCACUACGAGAGCCCGGCACGCCAAUCUCAGUGGGUUGCGCGAGCAACUCAGUUGCUUCUGAUGGAAUUGCAGCUGAUAUCGCCAAUCGGGAAGUGGAGAGAGCAGCGCAAGCCAGCCUUCGGCCAGAGGAGCAUGCGGCCAGACAAGAGGCCGAUCACCCAGCUAGGCAGCCCACCCAGCUGCAAGAAGUUGCAAAUGCAGCCCAGCAAGCGCACCAGCAAACAGGGGGGCAAGCAACUGUGCAGCCAAGUGUCCCACCAAUUAAGCAAGCAGGUCCCACAGCAGGUGCUGAAGAAGCUGGACUACGAGAGCCCGGCACGCCAGGCUCAGUGGGUUGCGCAAGCAACUCAGUUGCUUUUGAUAGAAUUGCAGCUGAUGCCGCCAAUCGUGCUUUGGAGAGCGCAGCGCAAGCCAGCCUUCGACCAGACCCUGCAUCACAGCCUGCUAGUGAACCGCAGUCACCUGGCGUGGCCGGCGUGGCUUCCGCUGCAGCCCAUAAGGUAGUGAAAGAGGCUUUGGCGCAAGACGCGACAGCAGAUGCAUCGCGGAAAGAGUCCAUCAGUCAAGUGAGCAACUCCCGUGUGGAGCAGCCCCAGGUCACUGUCCCAGCAGAAGAUGGACGAGCAACGACAAUUUGCAAUAGUGAAGCUGCUGCUGGCGGCAUACAUGUUGAGCUCGCGCAUGGUGUUGUUUCCCAGGCUCUGGCUGAGCAGGCCCGCGAAGAGUCCAAGAUGAGCAUCACUUCCAUGAGUGACACUGCUACGCUUUUGCAGGGGCGGACUGAAGCUGGGCAAAUGGCCAAUCAAGCAGCCUCAGAAGCCAUCCGUGCACAAGCUGAAGCAGAUGCAGCUGCUCAAGCUGCUGCAAAGCAGCAGGAGCACGCGGCCAGACAAGAGGCCGAUCACCCAGCUACGCAGCCCACCCAGCAGCAGGAAGUUGCAACCCCAGCCCAGCAAGCGCACCAGCAAACAGGCGGGCAAGCAACUGUGCAGCCAAGUGUCCCACCAAUUAAGCAAGCAGGUCCCACAGCAGGUGCUGAAGAAGCUGGACUACGAGAGCCCGACACGCCAGGCUCAGUGGGUUGCGCGAGCAACUCAGUUGCUUUUGAUAGAAUUGCAGCUGAUGCCGCCAAUCGUGCUUUGGAGAGCGCAGCGCAAGCCAGCCUUCGGCCAGACCCUGCAUCACAGCCUGCUAGUGAACCGCAGUCACAUGGCGUGGCCGGCGUGGCUUCUGGAGCCGCUCAUAAGGUUGUGAAAGAGGCUUUGGCGCAAGACGCGACAGCGGAUGCAUCGCGGAAAGAGUCCAUCAGUCAAGUGAGCAACUCCCGUGUGGAGCAGCCCCAGGUCGCUGUCCCAGCAGAAGAUGGACGAGCAACGACAAUUUGCAAUAGUGAAGCUGCUGCUGGCGGCAUACAUGUUGAACUCGCGCAUGGUGUUGUUUCCCAGGCUCUGGCUGAGCAGGCCCGCGAAGAGUCCAAGAUGAGCAUCACUUCCAUGAGUGACGCUGCUACGCUUUCGCAGGGGCGGACUGAAGCUGGGCAAAUGGCCAAUCAAGCAGCCUCAGAAGCCAUCCGUGCACAAGCUGAAGCAGAUGCAGCUGCUCAAGCUGCUGCAAAGCAGCAGGAGCACGCGGCCAGACAAGAGGCCGAUCACCCAGCUACGCAGCCCACCCAGCAGCAGGAAGUUGCAAAUGCAGCUCAGCAAGCGCACAAGCAAACAGGGGGGCAAGCAACUGUGCAGCCAAGUGUCCCACCAAUCAAGCAAGCAGGUCCGACAGCAGGUGCUGAGGAAUCUGCACUACGAGAGCCCGGCACGCCAGGCUCAGUGGGUUGCGCAAGCAACUCAGUUGCUUUUGAUAGAAUUGCAGCUGAUGCCGCCAAUCGUGCUUUGGAGAGCGCAGCGCAAGCCAGCCUUCGGCCAGACCCUGCAUCACAGCCUGCUAGUGAACCGCAGUCACAUGGCGUGGCCGGCGUGGCUUCUGGAGCCGCUCAUAAGGUUGUGAAAGAGGCUUUGGCGCAAGACGCGACAGCGGAUGCAUCGCGGAAAGAGUCCAUCAGUCAAGUGAGCAACUCCCGUGUGGAGCAGCCCCAGGUCGCUGUCCCAGCAGAAGAUGGACGAGCAACGACAAUUUGCAAUAGUGAAGCUGCUGCUGGCGGCAUACAUGUUGAGCUCGCACAUGGUGUUGUUUCCCAGGCUCUGGCUGAGCAGGCCCGCGAAGAGUCCAAGAUGAGCAUCACUUCCAUGAGCGACACUGCUACGCUUUCGCAGGGGCGGACUGAAGCUGGGCAAAUGGCCAAUCAAGCAGCCUCAGAAGCCAUCCGUGCACAAGCUGAAGCAGAUGCAGCUGCUCAAGCUGCUGCAAAGCAGCAGGAGCAGGCGGCCAGACAAGAGGCCGAUCACCCAGCUACGCAGCCGACCCUGCAGCAGGAAGUUGCAACCCCAGCCCAGCAAGCGCACCAGCAAACACGGGGGCAAGCAACUGUGCAGCCAAGUGUCCCACCAAUUAAGCAAGCAGUUCCCGCAGCAGGUGCUGAAGAAGCUGGACUACGAGAGCCCGACACGCCAGGCUCAGUGGGUUGCGCAAGCAACUCAGUUGCUUUUGAUAGAAUUGCAGCUGAUGCCGCCAAUCGUGCUUUGGAGAGCGCAGCGCAAGCCAGCCUUCGGCCAGACCCUGCAUCACAGCCUGCUAGUGAACCGCAGUCACAUGGCAAUAGUGAAGCAGCGGCUGGCGGCAUACAUGUUGAACUCGCGCAUCGUGCUGUUUCCCAGGCUCUGGCUGAGCAGGCCUGCGAAGAGUUUAAGAUGAGCAUCACUUCCAUGAGUGACACUGCUACGCUUUCGCAGGGGCAGACUGAAGCUGGGCAAAUGGCCAAUCAAGCAGCCUCAGAAGCCAUCCGUGCACAAGCUGAAGCAGAUGCAGCUGCUCAAGCUGCUGCAAAGCAGCAGGAGCACGCGGCCAGACAAGAGGCCGAUCACCCAGCUACGCAGCCCACCCAGCAGCAGGAAGUUGCAACCCCAGCCCAGCAAGCGCACCAGCAAACAGGGGGGCAAGCAACUGUGCAGCCAAGUGUCCCACCAAUUAAGCAAGCAGGUCCGACAGCAGGUGCUGAGGAAUCUGCACUACGAGAGCCCGGCACGCCAGGCUCAGUGGGUUGCGCAAGCAACUCAGUUGCUUUUGAUAGAAUUGCAGCUGAUGCCGCCAAUCGUGCUUUGCAGAGCGCAGCGCAAGCCAGCCUUCGACCAGACCCUGCAUCACAGCCUGCUAGUGAACCGCAGUCACAUGGCGUGGCCGGCGUGGCUUCUGGAGCCGCUCAUAAGGUAGUGAAAGAGGCUUUGGCGCAAGACGCGACAGCAGAUGCAUCGCGGAAAGAGUCCAUCAGUCAAGUGAGCAACUCCCGUGUGGAGCAGCCCCAGGUCGCUGUCCCAGCAGAAGAUGGACGAGCAACGACAAUUUGCAAUAGUGAAGCUGCUGCUGGCGGCAUACAUGUUGAGCUCGCGCAUGGUGUUGUUUCCCAGGCUCUGGCUGAGCAGGCCCGCGAAGAGUCCAAGAUGAGCAUCACUUCCAUGAGUGACACUGCUACGCUUUCGCAGGGGCGGACUGAAGCUGGGCAAAUGGCCAAUCAAGCAGUCUCAGAAGCCAUUCGUGCACAAGCUGAAGCAGAUGCAGCUGCUCAAGCUGCUGCAAAGCAGCAGGAGCACGCGGCCAGACAAGAGGCCGAUCACCCAGCUACGCAGCCCACCCAGCAGCAGGAAGUUGCAACCCCAGCCCAGCAAGCGCACCAGCAAACAGGGGGGCAAGCAACUGUGCAGCCAAGUGUCCCACCAAUUAAGCAAGCAGGUCCGACAGCAGGUGCUGAGGAAUCUGCACUACGAGAGCCCGGCACGCCAGGCUCAGUGGGUUGCGCAAGCAACUCAGUUGCUUUUGAUAGAAUUGCAGCUGAUGCCGCCAAUCGUGCUUUGGAGAGCGUAGCGCAAGCCAGCCUUCGGCCAGACCCUGCAUCACAGCCUGCUAGUGAACCGCAGUCACAUGGCAAUAGUGAAGCAGCGGCUGGCGGCAUACUUGUCGAACUCGCGCAUCGUGCUGUUUCCCAGGCUCUGGCUGAGCAGGCCCGCCAAGAGUCCAAGAUGAGCAUCACUUCCAUGAGUGACACUGCUACGGUUUCGCAGGGGCGGACUGAAGCUGGGCAAAUGGCCAAUCAAGCAGUCUCAGAAGCCAUCCGUGCGCAAGCUGAAGCAGAUGCAGCUGCUCAAGCUGCUGCAAAGCAGCAGGAGCACGCGGCCAGACAAGAGGCCGAUCACCCAGCUACGCAGCCCACCCAGCAGCAGGAAGUUGCAACCCCAGCCCAGCAAGCGCACCAGCAAACAGGGGGGCAAGCAACUGUGCAGCCAAGUGUCCCACCAAUUAAGCAAGCAGUUCCCGCAGCAGGUGCUGAAGAAGCUGGACUACGAGAGCCCGGCACACCAGGCUCAGUGGGUUGCGCAGGAAACUCAGUUGCUUCUGAUAGAAUUGCAGCUGAUGUCGCCAAUCGUGCUUUGGAGAGCGCAGCGCAAGCCAGCCUUCGACCAGACCCUGCAUCACAGCCUGCUAGUGAACCGCAGUCACCUGGCGUGGCCGGCGUGGCUUCCGCUGCAGCCCAUAAGGUAGUGAAAGAGGCUUUGGCGCAAGACGCGACAGCAGAUGCAUCGCGGAAAGAGUCCAUCAGUCAAGUGAGCAACUCCCGUGUGGAGCAGCCCCAGGUCACUGUCCCAGCAGAAGAUGGACGAGCAACGACAAUUUGCAAUAGUGAAGCUGCUGCUGGCGGCAUACAUGUUGAGCUCGCACAUGGUGUUGUUUCCCAGGCUCUGGCUGAGCAGGCCCGCGAAGAGUCCAAGAUGAGCAUCACUUCCAUGAGUGACACUGCUACGCUUUCGAAGGGGCGGACUGAAGCUGGGCAAAUGGCCAAUCAAGCAGCCUCAGAAGCCAUCCGUGCACAAGCUGAAGCAGAUGCAGCUGCUCAAGCUGCUGCAAAGCAGCAGGAGCACGCGGCCAGACAAGAGGCCGAUCACCCAGCUACGCAGCCCACCCAGCAGCAGGAAGUUGCAAAUGCAGCUCAGCAAGCGCACCAGCAAACAGGGGGGCAAGCAACUGUGCAGCCAAGUGUCCCACCAAUUAAGCAAACAGUUCCCGCAGCAGGUGCUGAAGAAGCUGGACUACGAGAGCCCGGCACACCAGGCUCAGUGGGUUGCGCAGGAAACUCAGUUGCUUCUGAUAGAAUUGCAGCUGAUGCCGCCAAUCGUGCUUUGGAGAGCGCGGCGCAAGCCAGCCUUCGGCCAGACCCUGCAUCACAGCCUGCUAGUGAACCGCAGUCACAUGGCGUGGCCGGCGUGGCUUCUGGAGCCGCUCAUAAGGUUGUGAAAGAGGCUUUGGCGCAAGACGCGACAGCAGAUGCAUCGCGGAAAGAGUCCAUCAGUCAAGUGAGCAACUCUCGAGUGGAACAGCCCCAGGCCGCUGUCCCAGCAGAAGAUGGACGAGCAACGACAAUUUGCAAUAGUGAAGCUGCUGCUGGCGGCAUACAUGUUGAGCUCGCACAUGGUGUUGUUUCCCAGGCUCUGGCUGAGCAGGCCCGCGAAGAGUCCAAGAUGAGCAUCACUUCCAUGAGUGACACUGCUACGCUUUCGAAGGGGCGGACUGAAGCUGGGCAAAUGGCCAAUCAAGCAGCCUCAGAAGCCAUCCGUGCACAAGCUGAAGCAGAUGCAGCUGCUCAAGCUGCUGCAAAGCAGCAGGAGCACGCGGCCAGACAAGAGGCCGAUCACCCAGCUACGCAGCCCACCCAGCAGCAGGAGGUGACUUCUCCCAUCUCCGUGCACGAGCCAGCAAGGCAUCCUUCAGUUGCUGCAAGCGCAGCCAGCCCGCAGGCCGUGAAGCCACAUGGCGAUUCCGCGCGGAGUGGCUACAGUGAGGGUUCGCCCUCCAGACCAGAAUGGGGGUCUGAAGCGACCACACCAAGGACUUCACCAGGUAGCUACUCCCCCAUUGGGCCUGCGCAGCCUUUGGUUGAUCCCAACCUGAUUGCGAGGCUUUGUGGCCUCCUAACUCACCCAGAGACCCCACCAGGUGAAGGAGAGAGAGUGCGGCGUGGACCGAUUCCAAGGGAGGAAGCUGAGCAAACCGCCGAUGUAGCGACAUGGCCGCUUGCAGAAACCACACAGGAGCAGCACCUCAAGCCAGCCUCGGAAACAUGGCAGGAGACAAUGAAGCCGACUCCACAGAGGGUUGACGCGGAGACGGCAGGUCCGUCGCAAACCCGUCCACUGUUCAACCGAGAUGUUGUUGAGCCGUCAAGAAUGGGAAGGAGGGACGUUCCGCCAGUCAGCAACUGGAGUGCGGUCGAGCAGCCGAGAGUUGCAAGGCAGGAGGUGCGAACACCUGAUGAGCGCCAAGAAUCGAAGACUCCGCAAAGUCAAGCUGCGUGGCCAGAUUCGCCACAAGAGGUGACUUCUCCCAGUUCCGUGCACGAGCCAGCAAGGCAUCCUUCAGUUGCUGCAGGCGCAGCCAGCCCGCAGGCCGUGAAGCCACAUGGCGAUUCUGCGCGGAGUGGCUACAGUGAGGGUUCGCCCUCCAGACCAGGUUGGCGGACUGAAGCGACCACACCAAGGACUUCACCAGGUAGCUACUCCCCCAUUGGGCCUGCGCAGCCUUUGGUUGAUCCCAACCUGAUUGCGAGGCUUUGUGGCCUCCUAACUGAUCCGAAGACCCCGCCAAGUGACGCUUUAGACCAAGCCGCUGAUUUAGCGACAUGGCCGCUUGCAGAAACCACACAGGAGAACCUCAGGCCAGCCUCGGAAACAUGGCAGGAGACAAUGAAGCCGACUCCACAGAGGGUUGACGCGGAGGCGGCAGGUCCGUCGCAAACCCGUCCACUGUUCAACCGAGAUGUUGUUGAGCCGUCAAGAAUGGGAAGGAGGGACGUUCCGCCAGUCAGCAACUGGAGUGCGGUCGAGCAGCCGAGAGUUGCAAGGCAGGAGGUGCGAACACCUGAGAGCAGCGAGCAGAAGACUCCAAAAGAUCGAGCUGCUUGGGCAGAUUCGCCACAAGAGGUGACUUCUCCCAGCUUUGUGCAGGAUGAGAACCCUUUGGUCAACCCGGACCUCAUAGCGCAGCUGUGCAAUCUCUUGAAUGCGCCGGACACGCCGCCCAGUGAAGCCGGACGAGCGCGGCAUUUCCCCCCACGGCCGGAUCGUGGGGCCCCGGCCCAAAAGCCCCCCAUUCCAUCCCAAGGAGAGACGGGCCAAUCUGCACGUUCAGCACCAGGGCCUCAGCUUGCUGCAGGGAGCCUUGGCUCGCAGCCCCACACGGCAAGGACUUCUGUCCGAAGCCGCGGCUCUGCGGAUGAGAGGGACAGCGACAUCAAUGAGGCGUUGGACCAAGAAGUGUCAAGCAUUAUGGACCUCCUAUGCUUCAAGUUGACAUGAGUCGGUUAACCUUGCGCGUAUCACCGACCUGGCAGUUGAAUUCAAAGGCUCGGGUGCGCAAGCGAGCUUCGGGUUCUUGUUCUUUGUGUUCGCAU